CCUAAGUUCCUGUUUCACAGGAAAGUCUGUCAGAUCUUUUAGGCCUGGUGGCCAAAGACUGAUGUCCCCACCAGCCACAGAAGAACCUAGGAUGACUGUCAAGGUAGCUGGGCUGGGAAUGGAAUUCAGAGCUUUGGACAAGCCAGACAAGUGCUCGACCACUGAGAUGCUACCUUCACCAUCAUCACCAUCAUCACCAUCAUCACCAUCAUCACCAUCAUCACCAUCAUCACCAUCAUCACCCGUCGCUCUGAGACUCUAAGAAGUCCAAGCUGCCAUUGUCCCAGAUGAAGAAAGGUAUGACCUAGUUGAGGGCCAGACCUUGACAGUGAGCUGUCCUUUCAACAUCAUGAAGUAUGCCAGCAGCCGGAAGGCUUGGCAGAAGCUACCAGCUGGGAAGGAACCUUUGACUCUGGUGGUCACAGAGAGGUCCUCUACAAGACCCAGUGAAGUCCACAAGGGGAAGUACAUCCUGAAAGAUGACCCUACUGAAGCCAUGUUACUUGUUCAAAUGACUGACCUUCAAGUGACAGACUCUGGAUUGUAUCGUUGUGUGAUUUAUCAUCCACCCAACGACCCUGUUCUGCUCUUCCAUCCUGUCCACCUGGUGGUGACCAAGGGUUCUCCAGAUCCAUCCACUCAUGACAUCAUUCCUACUACAAGGCAGACUGAUCUUCCCGUCCCUAUUACCACAAAAUACUCACCCAGUGACACAACUACGACCCGAUCUGUACCCAAGUUCCCUGCUGUUGUUUCCUCUCCUGAUCCUGGAGUCACCGACACAAAUGGGACAGUUCCUGGCAGGGUGUGGGGAUGA